AUGACAUCCGGUAGCUUCAGGUAUGGUUGAUAACAUUCACCUGGACCUAGUACAAUAUCGCAAAUUUCAUGUCUAAAAAUUUUCCCCGCAGAAACCUUAAUAUUUUCAGUUUUUGAAUAAUUAAUCUCAAAAGGUUUAUGGUGAAAUCUGAAAUUAAUUAUUAAUUUGGAAUUUAGAUUAGAAUGUUUUCAUAUUGCUGGACGUGUUAUACUUAUCCGCCUUCGCUGGUUUGUAUCUGAGCUUUGCGUAUGCUGGAAGAAGAACAUACCGCCUUCCCGUAUGUUUAUCCAGUUCCGCAAAAGCACUUUUGACGACAAAAUAGUCAUAUCGGAAGUAUCGAGCGUUAAUCGGAUCUAUAUUGUGAGUUUUUUUAUGUUGUACUUGGUGUUUGGGCAUACUUGAUGGAAAAUGUCGAAAAUACGGAAAAUUUUCUCUAAUUUUGUACAAAGAUUUUUUAAAUACGGUCUAUGGAGAUCCCUGGCCCAGUUUCGGUAUUAAGUCGAUAAUUAUUUUGGGAUUAAUCGUCUUGGUAUCUUAUCCAUGGUGAGCAAAUAAAAUAUUUUAAAAAACGUCCAAUUUUGAGUCUAAAGUGUAAAUUCAGCGCCCGGUGUCGUUUUGCGAAAAAACGCAGGUGGAUGUCGACUUUUCCGCCAAAGACCUGCCUCGUCAGCCCGUGACGAUCUCCAUCAUCAGUACUAACGCCAAUAGAGCUGGAAUGAUCUUUUUUCGGUAAGGUGAGCUGUGCUUGAUGAUAGUCACAAUUAUAUCUUUUAUUUGUAGGGCUGGGCCGUCCAGAAGCUGGAUCACCAAUGGAAAGACGGUAUUUGAUCGAUCAGAAGCCGGAAUUCCUCAAACGUUUCGAUUUUUAUAA